AUGCCGGAGGAGGCGCCGGCCCAGGCCUCUGCUGGCUUCUUCGAGGGGCGCGCCGCCCUCGCAGAGGUGGCCAAGCCAGAGGGCGCGUGGAACUGGGCGCUGGUGGGCCCAGACCCCGAGAAGCUACCCCUCGCCUGCGGGGGCGACGGCUCCGUGGACGAGAUGAGGGAGAGCCUGCUGCAGCAGGCCAGGGAGGAGGACCACGCGCAGCUGCAGUUCUACGGGCUCAUGCGGCUGAACUUCGGCACCUCCGAGGACCCGAAAAAACAGCGGGUCAAGUAUGUUUUCAUGCACGUCUCCAAUGCGGACUCCGAGCAGACGGCCGGGAAGGCCGUGACGGCGCCCCAGGCCGCGGACCCGGAAGAGCCGCCCGCGUCGCGCGCGUGCCCGCCCGCGUCCAGCCGGAAGAGCAUGGUGAUGACGCGCGGCCUGGGGGGCGUCGGGAUGCGGCCCAAGAUGGAGAAGGCCAUGGAGCAGUUCGCGCAUUACACCACCAAGGUGGAGGUGCACGAGUACUCGGACCUGACGCUGGAGGACAUCAUGGAUAAGGUCAAGAAGACGAAUGUCGUCGACGGUGACUUUAUCUCGGUGGAGGCGCUCCGGGCAGCCCUGGAGCAGUUCCGCGCCAAGCACAAGAAGCCGGAGGAGCCUGCGCCGCUGGCGGCCGAGGCCCCCGUUCCGGAUGGCACCGAGGCCAUGCCCGAGGCGCCGCCGCCUCCGCAGGAGGAGCAGCAGCAGCAGACGCGGCAGAGGAAGUCCGCGAAGGUGUACAAGCUCCACGCGUUGGUGCAGGUCUUCAGCAGCGCGAGCAAGCUGUGGCACGACGACGGCGUCGUCGUCCAGACGGUCUCGGAGCCCUGCAGCCUGGACGGCUUUCAGCUGCCCGCGGGCUCCAUGAAGGUGCAGUACCUCAACGGCCUGCGCUUCAAGUGGGUGGCCCCAGCCCAGUCGGCGGAGAUGCUGCGGCCGUCCAGGCGGCCUGCGCCGCCGCCGACGCUGACUGGGCGUAUGCUGAAAGAGACCCACAACAUGAUCACGCAGUGGCACGUCAGGCAUUUCGAGCUGAAGCACGGGUGGCUGCAGUGGUGGCAGAAUGAGGCGGACAUCGGCAGCGGGGUGAAGCCGAACGGCGCGCUGCAGCUGGUGGGCUUGCAGCUGAGCAGGGAGGGCAAUAGCAGCGUCUUCAGGCUGCGAACUGCGGCAUCCCGGACAGUCUACCACUUUGACUCCACCACCGACGAGGGUACCGACAUGUGGACGAAGGCCCUCAACGAGCAUGCGGAGUACCUGGAGAGGCUCCGCGCGCACCUGGAGAAGAGCCCCGGGGGCGGCGCGGAGCCCGCGUGA